GGGGCGGGCAGGCCAGCCAGUGGGAUGGGAAGCAGGGAGUCCAUGCUCUCUCUCCUGAGGCAUGAAACGGUUUCUGGAAAAUGCUGGUCCCCUGAGCUGGCUCAGGGCCUCCAGCCCUGGAGGCAGCGUUGAGCGAUGACUUCCAGAUGGGAAAGGCGGCCUGCAGCCAGCCAGGGAGGAGGAGGAGCGGGAGGAGGGGGAGGGAGAGGGAGGAGGAGGGAGAGGGAGGAGGAGGAGGAGGCAUCUCUAAGGUCAUCCUGAGACAGGCCUUGUGGACUCUGGGGCAGGCAGGAGGGAACACGAGGAGAAGGCUGGAGGGCAGCCCAGCUGCGCCUGCCGCUGUGCCUGCAUCUGAGUUUGGGGGCUGGUGGGGGCAGCCUGCACUUUCCUGGAGCCUGGUGGACCAACCCCGGUGUGGACCAUUUCUUCGUCCCUGCCUAGCCGGGCCAGUGUCUGUGUGUCUGUCUGCGUCUGUAGGCUUCUCUCCAUUCCGUUGGUCAUCAACUCUCCUGGGUUGGGAGAGCCCAGCCACAGCCUGGCCCAGGCUGCCAGCAGUCCAGGGCGGGUGAUGUGUGGGCCGAGCCAGCCACACCCAGCCUGGGGCAGCAGUGGGGAGGGGGUAGUGCAGACAGCUACGUCAGGCCUCCGGACUCCUGGGUUGUGUGGACAGCAUCCAGAUUGCCAGUCUGGAGCUCCGGGAGGAGCCUCAGCCGGAGACUCAGAUCCCAGAGUCACUGGCACAAAGGGCUUCCUGUGCUUUGCUCUGGUGUUCUGUGCCCUGGUGCAGGUGGCCUUCUGGAGCUUCCGCAAGCCAACCCAGGUGGAGGAUGCAGUGUUGGAUACCUACGAUCUGGUGUAUGACCAGGCAGUAAAGAGCUCGUCCAGCAUCUGGCGGCAGGAGCUGGCGGCCAUCCAGGACACGUUCCUGUGCUGUGGGAAGAGCUCUCCUUUCAGCCUCCUGGGGAGCUCGGAGGCUGACCUGUGUCGGGGAGCAGAGGCUGAGAGACAGGACUGCCUGCAGGGGAUCAGGAGCUUCCUGAGGACUCAUCGAAACAUCACCUUCACCCUGACUGCCAUUGGCCUCGCCUCCACGGUGUACGGGAUGCUGCUCAGCUCCUUCCUCUGGUUCACCAUCCGCGCCGGCUGCAGCUUGGACCGCAAAGGCAGAUACACCCUGAGCCCAGGAGCCCGUGGCUGCCAGCCCCAGGAGCCCAGCUUCUUCAGAUGCUCCCAGUGGGGGCCUGCACCUCAACACUCGUCUAAAGCAGAUGCUCUCAGUGGCCGUCUGGGUCCAAGGGGACACUCGGAUGGCCCUUGGCUGCUCCAGGGCGACUGACACUCUGUUUCAACCGCCUUUCCUGUCACCCGUCCACCCACAGAGGCGAAAGCGCUCCGGCCUGGGCCCACACGAUCCCGACAGGAGGCUGUGAGCUGAUUCCUCCACCCCGUGGUGGGAUGGGGAAGGAUGGAGACCCAAGGAGCAGGCUCCGUUUAAGCAGACGGAGGGGUGGGGUCGCUCUCAGACACCGCAGGACAGGCUGGGUGGGAGUCAGGACAGAGAAGCCAGAGGGCAGGCUUGACCAGGCUCUCCGUUUAAGGCCAGAGCCAGGGUGGGCCAGGCUGGGCUCCCCGCUGCAGCCUCUGGAAGGAUCCGCUUCCGGGCUUGGUCUGGCUGUUGGCGGAAUUCAGUCCCUCAUGUCCAGGUGAGUGGCGGCUUGUUGAGGCCUCCUCUCUCGUGUUGAGCAUCUCUCUGUCUUCCCCUUUCCUCCUGGCUGAAGACAGCACCCAGGUUUCAAAGGUUCAUGGGGCCGGAUGAGGUCCGCCCCGGUGACUGCCCCAUCUUAAGGGGGGAGCACUACCACAUUCCCAGUGACACUGUGUCCACAGGUUCCAGGGACUAAGGCAGGAUGUCAGGGGAGGGGCGCUUUAGAAAUUCAGCCUGCCACGGCCACUCCCACUGGACAUUGAAACCACCUCUUCCGUGAAUUCUCUCUAACUGUCCCCAAGGGUUUGUGUCCUUUGCUCAGAAUCCAAAGUCCUGGGUGGCCACAUCAAAUUGGCCCAGGGAGGCCGGGGCCCCAGCAGAACUGACAAAGGAGAUGGGAAUGUUGGGGUCCUUUUGGCUUCCACACAUGGGGGUCGGGCCUGCCCCCACCCAGACCAAUGGUGGGGGGUGGUCCUCCAAAACGAGAAGACCCACUCUGUGAUGGGCAGCCAAAAAGUGACCGAUAGCCACUACCGUCCCCUCCUGGGUUUCCAGUCACACACACACCUCUUCCCACACUCCCACUUCCAAAAACCAGAAUGCUGCCACCGAAUAUCGAGCCAACAGCACUCCUGCGACUGAAAUCCUGUCCCCAAGGGAAGACGCCCCAGCGUCCCAUGGGUCCUGCGUUCGGGCACAGUCCAGGGUCUCUGGGGACGUGGAUUCC